AUGGCGGCGAGGCACUUGUUUUCCGUCUUCGAUGUGACCCGUCAAGUCUUCUUCGAGACGCCUCUCUCGCUUGGCAUCGUCAACCUCAAACCCCUGCGGCCUGGGCAUGUCUUGAUCAUCAGCAAGCGCGUGGUGCCCCGCCUCUCGGACUUGGACCACAGCGAGGUCUCGGAUCUCUUUCAGAGCGUGCAGCGCGUUGGGCGUAUCGUCGAGAAGGCAUACGAAGCAGAGGCACUCAACAUUGCCGUGCAGGACGGCGUCUCAGCGGGUCAGUCCGUCCCGCAUGUGCACGUACACAUCAUCCCGCGCCUCAAGAGCGACUUUGGCGGCGAGACUGACAAUGUCUACCCCGCUCUCGAGGGAGCCGAGCGCGAUCUCAACGCCGAGCUCUUGGAGCACGAACACGUACAUGUAAACAGUUCCAUCGGUGCUGUCGAGGCGGCGCUGCGCAGGCGCGAGAGCGGGUGGCAGGUGCCCAAGGACGAGGAGCGACGCCAGCGAUCAGACGAGGAGAUGGAGGAGGAGGCACGCUGGUUAGCGGGACUACUAUCGGCUCAGACCACAGCAUAG